CCUGCACCUGCAGACCGGGAACCUGCUCAACUGGGGCCGCCUGCGGAAGAAGUGUCCGUCCACGCACAGCGAGGAGCUUCGAGAUUGUAUUCAAAAGACCUUGAAUGAGUGGAGUUCCCAAAUCAACCCAGAUUUGGUCAGGGAGUUUCCAGAUGUCUUGGAGUGCACUGUAUCUCAUGCAGUAGAAAAGAUAAAUCCUGAAGAAAGAGAAGAAAUGAAAGUUUCUGCAAAACUGUUCAUUGUGGGAUCAAACUCUUCAUCAUCAACUAGAAAUGCAGUUGACAUGGCCUGUUCAGUCCUUGGAGUUGCACAGCUGGACUCUGUGAUCAUUGCGUCGCCUCCCAUUGAAGACGGGGUUAAUCUCUCCUUGGAGCACUUACAGCCUUACUGGGAGGAAUUAGAAAACUUAGUUCAGAGCAAAAAGAUUGUUGCUAUAGGUACCUCUGAUCUGGACAAAACACAGCUGGAACAGCUGUAUCAGUGGGCACAGGUUAAACCAAAUAGUAACCAAGUUAAUCUGGCCUCCUGCUGUGUGAUGCCACCUGAUUUGACUGCAUUUGCUAAACAAUUUGACAUACAGCUCUUGACUCAUAAUGAUCCAAAAGAACUUCUUUCUGAAGCAAGUUUCCAAGAAGCCCUUCAGGAAAGCAUCCCUGACAUUGAAGCACAGGAGUGGGUGCCCCUGUGGCUGCUGCGAUAUUCUGUCAUUGUGAAAAGUAGAGGAAUUAUCAAAUCAAAAGGCUACAUUUUACAAGCUAAAAGAAGGGGUUCCUAACUACAACUUAGGUUCCUAACCUACUGACCUGUAUUUCCUUUGAAUUUAAGAUAAAAUUGAGGUGUGUAAAAAUCUAGUUACUGCCUGUAAAUGGUGCCAUAGAGGCAGAUACUCUUUAGUUAUAUUUGACAGUAUGUUGUCUGUCAAGUUUCAAAUACUUCUCUUGCCUCCAUAUCAGUCCACUCAUAUGAGCCACUGUAUUGUUUCCAUUAAACUAUUGUUUUCUAAUUGAAAUUUCCUAUAAAGAAAAUACUUGCAGUAUAUUUUCUCCUUAUUUUUAUGACUAAUAGAAAUCAAGAAAAUUUGUUGUUAGAUAUAUUUUGGCCUAGGCAUCAGGGUGAAAUAUAUACAUAUUUUUUAUUUCAAAAAAAAUCAUUAAUUGCUUCUUACUCUAUAGUAUAACUAAGCAAUUUAAUUAUAAUUGUUAAAACUGAAAUACUGGAAGAUAUUUUUCCUGUCAUUAUUAAAAACAGUUGCAUUUCAGAGUAACUGGAGUAGCUGGGAUCUACUAGGUGUGUAAAUAAAAUUCACUCUUCAAUAUAUGAAUGGAAGCUUAAAUUUUUUUAAUGUGUCCUUGCUUGUAGUUUAGUUGCAAUGAUUUCCCAUAUAUUUUUGUGCCAUAUUUUCUCUUCCUCUUACUUAUAGAGACAAACCAAAGUAAAUCUGAAAAGAUUAGAAGCUUUGAAAUUAUUGUUUGGGGGUUUUAUAAAAGCAAUUGCUGUCACCUUCAGAUUCAUUUUUAAACUUGAUCCAUCCUUAGCAUAUUGCUGCUCAUUCAAAAACAUGCAAUAAGUCUCAAGCACUUACCAUAUGCUCGGCAUUGUGGGCUCUGGAGACAGGAGAGGGCACAGAACCCUGGGUUAAAAAUCACUUGAGUGAUAUAGGUGAUACUUGUUGUCCACUAUAACUGAGGGACUAAAAGCCAGAAAAGAGGUGAAAAAAAUCUUUAAUCAUUUCAUAUCUAUCCUUAUAUAGUUUAAGAACCAGAAAAUUGCAACUAAUAAGCUGUGACCUUUGAUAUAUAUACUGUAGGUUUCCUUAAGUCUAUAAAUUUUUACCUGUAACGCAAGUGAUUUUAAAAAUUCUUUAAGAAUUACUUGUAUCUCAGUAUUUUAAAAACCACAGGCUUAUAUAAAUCUAAUUUGCCCAAGUCUUCUCAACUUAGGGAAAAGGACUAUAGUUUCAUAUUUAGAAUAAAUACAGUA